AAGAAACGUGUAAAGAGAACACUGUGGAACAUAGUAAUUGUUUGAACAAGCCUUCUGGAAGUACCUUCUAUGAAUUAAGCGAACAUGUUGAACAGUUAUCUUCUCCACCCUACAAAACUCAGAAUGGGGAAAUGACAAGAUCUACUGAAUUAUUUCAGUCAUUCAGUGGAAAUUUGUUGAGUUCCUUAAUGAAGUUGGAGGACAUCCCAAAACCUCAAGACAAGCCUGAUCAAUUUCCUGAUGAGUUUUCAAAAGACCAGCAUGUUCAACUCCAUCCAUCUUCCUCUGCUUCUGGUUCAAUGAGGAAAGAAGGAACAUACAAACAUUAUGAUGUUCCAAAUCAAGCUCUGUAUACAUCUGUGGACUGCUACCAUGAUUCCAUCUCUAUGCGCACAGAAGAUACCUCUCGAUCUGAUUGUGGUUUAGGUCCAGUUUCUCUGCUUCCUGAUAUGGUUAGAAAAUCCGAUUCUUCUCAUGCUGUGAAUCAUAAGGAGGAAGCACCAGCCACUGUCCAUCCAUUCUCUGAUGGGCCUAUGAUUGGUUCUGAUACCGCUAUUGAGAAGCAAAAUCAACCUUUAGAUGAUGCCUUAAAAGGGAUAAAUGUUCCAAAUAAUGAUUCUUUCUGUGUAAAGGAAGAAGCCAAGGGAACCUGUUCUGCAUCCAUACAUGCAGAAGAAAUUUAUCCAGAUGAUGCAGAAGUAGCACCUGAUCCUGUAAACAAGGAUAAAAAACUUUCACAGCUGCAGCGGGCCAUGCGUAAAAUUAAAAAGCGUAGGCAUGGAGAUAUGGCUUAUGAAGGGGAUAAUGAUUGGCAGGUUCUUAUGAGUGAGCAAGGAUCUUUGGAAAAUAAUCGUGUUCUUGAUGGUGAUCAGCCUUCUAGAAUCAAAGACAAGUCCGGUUCUCCAUCACUUAUGGUUUCAGAGGCUGACAGUGGUGCGGCAGCAGUGGCAGCUGGGUUGAAAGCUCGUGCAGCUGGUCCAGUUGAGAAAAUUAAAUUCAGGGAGGUCCUAAGACGCAGAGGUGGGCUUCAAGCGUACCUGGAAUGCAGGAAUCUAAUCUUAGGCCUCUGGAGUAAAGAUAUGAGUCGCAUCUUGCCUCUCAUAGACUGUGGAGUUACUGAUGUUCCUUCCAAAGAUGAGACAUCACGUGCAUCUCUCAUUAGGGAAAUAUAUUCAUUUUUGGACCAGAAUGGUUAUAUCAAUGUCGGAGUUGCUUCUGAAAAGGGUAAAGCAGAUCCUCAUGCUAAGGCCCAUUAUACACUUUCAGAAGAAAAGCUACCGGAUGAAAGGGUUGGGGCCCAGGUUGCUGAUUCAGAGGAUGGAGUUGCCUUCAUUCUUGGUCAGCUUAAGUAUUCUGAAAAUCUUAGUGAGUUGAAGAAUAAUAUGUUAUUUGAUGAUGCAAAACUGAUCUCAGAAGCCACCAACAAUGGAAAGCCACAUGUGCCAACCAUGGGACGUGAGUUAUCUACUCUGGAGUCAGAAGAACUCAUUGUUGAUAAUGGCAAUGCCACUGGUUGUGUGGAUGCUUUGAGUAUUGAUACAUCUAGUGAUAUUGUGGAUGGUGGACCAGAUUCUAUUUUAGCUACAGAGCCGUUAAGGGACUCAUGUGGGGUUAAGUCUGCUGUAAUCCACCCUGUAGAGGUAAAUGAUGGCAUGCAAUGUGAUUCAGAAGCUUGCAAGAGAAUCAUUGUUGUGGGAGCUGGCCCUGCUGGCUUGAUUGCAGCUCGUCAUUUGCAGCGCCAAGGCUUCUCUGUCACAGUUCUUGAGGCUAGAAAUAGGAUGGGGGGUCGUGUUUAUACAGACCGUUCAUCUCUUUCUGUCCCUGUGGAUCUUGGGGCCAGCAUUAUUACUGGUGUUGAGGCUGAUGUGGCUACUGAAAGAAGACCAGAUCCAUCCUCGUUGGUCUGUGCUCAGUUGGGCCUUGAGUUGACUGUAUUGAACAGCGGCUGCCCACUUUAUGAUAUUGUAACAGGCCAGAAAGUACCUGCGGAUUUGGAUGAAGCCCUUGAAGCGGAGUAUAACAGCCUAAUUGAUGACAUGUUAGUUCUUGUUGCUCAGAAGGGUGAACUCGCAAUGCGGAUGUCACUUGAGGAUGGGUUAGAAUACGCUCUAAUGAGGCGCCGUUUGGCUCGACCAGUUUCAGAUGCUGAAAAUUUUCAGUUGCAUACUUCAGAGAAUGCUUCCUCUGAAACUGGAACAACUGAACACCAGGAUAAAAUCAAGUCUAAAGAUAAGAUUUUGAGUCCUCUUGAGAGGAGAGUAAUGGAUUGGCACUUCGCCCACUUGGAGUAUGGCUGUGCUGCUCGGCUCAAGGCGGUGUCUCUUCCUUACUGGAAUCAGGAUGAAGCUUAUGGAGGAUUUGGAGGGGCGCAUUGUAUGAUCAAAGGGGGUUACAGCACUGUAAUUGAAUCUUUAGGGAAAGGGGUCAGUGUUCUCUUGAAUCACGUGGUGAAGGAAAUCUCUUAUAGAACGAGAGACUCUAGAGAAAAUUGUGAAAAGUGGAGCAAAGUCAAAGUGACCACCACAAAUGGAAGUGAGUUUGUAGGAGAUGCAGUUUUGAUCACUGUGCCUUUGGGGUGCUUAAAAGCAGAUACCAUAAAAUUUUCUCCAGCCCUACCAGAUUGGAAAAAAUCUUCUAUCCAAAGGCUUGGUUUUGGUGUUCUUAACAAAGUGAUCUUAGAAUUCCCAGAAGUCUUUUGGGAUGAUACUGUUGAUUACUUUGGAGUAACUGCUGAGGAAACAGAUCAGAGGGGCCAAUGCUUUAUGUUCUGGAAUGUCAAAAAGACUGUUGGAGCUCCUGUUCUUAUAGUCCUUGUGGUUGGUAAGGCAGCAUUAGAUGGACAAAAUAUGAGCUCAUCUGAUCAUGUGAAUCAUGCUGUAAUGGUUCUUCGUAAACUUUUUGGGGAGGCCUCAGUACCUGACCCAGUUGCAUCGGUUGUGACAAAUUGGGGCAUGGAUCCUUUUAGCCGGGGUGCUUACUCCUAUGUUGCUGUAGGAUCAUCAGGGGAGGACUAUGACAUCUUGGGUAGGCCUGUUGAGAACUGUUUAUUUUUUGCUGGUGAAGCUACCUGCAAGGAAUAUCCAGACACCGUAGGUGGUGCGAUGUUGAGUGGCUUACGAGAGGCUGUACGUAUAAUUGACAUCUUGAGUACUGGAAAUGAUUACACAGCAGAAGUGGAAGCAAUGGAAGCUGCCCAGAGACAAUCAGAUAGUGAAGGAAAUGAAUUUAGAGACAUGUUGAGGAGACUUGAUGCGUUUGAACUCUCUGGUAUCCUAUACAAGAGCUCAUUGGAUGGAGCACAGAUGUUGACCAAGGAGGCUUUGCUAAAGGAUAUGUUCUUUAAUGCUAAGACUAGUGCAGGACGUUUACACUUGACUAAGGAAUUAUUGAAUCUUCCUGUUGAAGUUCUGAAGUCCUUUGCUGGGACUAAAGAAGGACUUAGCAUACUCAACUCAUGGAUACUGGAUUCAAUGGGAAAAGAUGGAACUCAACUGCUGCGACAUUGUGUUCGCUUGCUUGUGCUUGUGUCAACUGAUCUGCUUGCUGUCCGUUUAUCAGGUGUAGGAAGGACUGUGAAGGAGAAAGUCUGUGUACAUACGAGUCGUGACAUUCGUGCUGUGGCAAGUCAGUUGGUCAGCAUGUGGAUUGAAGUGUUCCGCAAAGAAAAGGCUGCUAAUGGCGGAUUGAAAUUACUGAGUCAAGCAACUGCUCUGGAUUCAUCAAAGGCAAAGGCAAAGUCAUCAAAAGAUUCAAGUUUAGGAAAGCCAUCUUUACGCAAUACUCAUGGCACACCUGAAAAUAGAGGUGCCAUGGAGGUUCCUUCAUCAGGAGCUCCUUCCAAUGUAAAUAUUAAGAACAAUAAGAAGAUGAACUGCAAACCAUCCAAACUGGAAACGGUUACUGACUCAAAAUCAGAGGUUUCAUCACGAUCAGAAGGUGUUGUACAGGGGUUGGAUUCUAAGGUUGAGGACAGCAGUGUUGCCAUGUCUGAAGAAGAAGCUGCUGCCUUUGCGGCUGCUGAAGCUGCUCGUGCUGCCGCUCUUGAAGCUGCAAAGGCAUAUGCAUCUUCAGAAGCAGAUUGCAGCACAUUACGUGAGCUUCCGAAGAUACCGUCAUUUCACAAAUUUGCCAGGCGUGAACAAUAUGCCCAAAUGGAUGACUCAGAUCUUAGGAGAAAAAAGUGGUCAGGGGGUGUUUUGGGAAGGCAAGAUUGUAUAUCAGAAAUAGACUCCAGGAAUUGCAGAGUUAGGAACUGGUCUGUGGAUUUCUCUGCCACCUGUGCCAACCUUGACAGUUCGAAAAUGUCAGGUGACAACUAUACACAAAGGAGCUACUCAAAUGAGGUUGCAUACCAACUGAAUCUUGGAGAGCAUUCAGGGGAAAGUGUAGCCAUUGAUAAUAGCUUUACAAAGGCAUGGAUUGACACUGCCGGUAGUGGAGGGGUGAAGGACUAUCAUGCCAUUGAAAGGUGGCAGUCCCAAGCAGCAGCUGCUGAUUUGGAUUUCUAUCAUUCAACUGGACAUGCAAGGGAUGAGGAGGACUCAAACACAGCCACAAAACUGCACACUGGAAAGGAUGAGAGACAGGCAGAAGAAAGCUCUGCUUCACGACUCUCUGAAAGCAAGCUGUUGGUGGAAAAUCAGCGAAGAGGAGUGGAGCGUAUUAAACAGGCUGUUGCCGAUUAUGUGGCAUCAUUGCUCAUGCCUCUAUACAAAGCAAGGAAGAUUGAUAAGGAAGGUUACAAGUCAAUAAUGAAGAAAAGUGCAACUAAGGUAAUGGAGCAGACAACAGAUGCAGAGAAAGCAAUGACUGUUUCUGAGUUCCUCGACCUCAAGAGGAGGAAUAAGAUUCGUCCCUUUGUGGACAAGCUGAUUGAGAGGCAUAUGGCGAUGAACUCAGUUGCGAAAUCAUGAGUCUGAGGAUUAAUUGGGAUGCCCAAUGGUUUAUGGGCACCCUCUUCCAUGAGACAUCAAGGUGUGCCCUUGAUUCCUUCUCAACCGCUUGAACAUGUCAUUUGUUGGGAGGGGGGGGGGGGGGGCACUAGAUUGCAACUGCAGAUGGACAUGUGUUUAAGAUUUAUAUUAUCUGCCCGUUGAACAGUCAACGAUCCAACAAUUGCAGUGCAACUUGAAAAUGGGGGAAGGGCCUGUUUCUUUGAGAUUUAAGCCCAUCUCCAUUCAUGCAGCAUUGGUAGGUCUUUUCAUUAUGUGCAGAAAUUUGGCCAUUUGCAACUUUGGCCCUGAGAGGUCAACAACAUAAGGUGAAAGGUUGAGCACUAGACACCUCCUGUGUAUAAACAUUGAAUUACUGGCUGCAGCAGUUUUCUACCUAUCAGAAGUCCUCUUUUUUUUUUUAUAUACAAAAGGUUGAAUCCUAUUUUUUAUCUGGGGAUUCUCAGACAAGAGAUAUUAGAUCUUUAAUUUCCCCUUUUUUCAUUUAAUUUUGUACAGCUCAAGAUUAUUUCUGACAUAAACAAGCUUCCGUUAACAAUUUAACUUGUUCUUUCUUGUGCCUCAUGUAGACGGUUCUAAAUUUGCAGCAGUCUUUGUAAAUUUGUUUCUGGUUAUUGAAGAAAUGAUCUGUAUUAAUUGGGUACCAAACUGGAAGAAUGUUUGUAGCUUUUGCAUCUUCAUUUUCCUCUUUGGGCAGAUUGCAUGGA